AUGGCCGGGUCCCGUCGAGUGAGCUGCAACCUGGGAGUUGGCAUCCUUCCUCUUGACUGCCGCUGCAUGCUCGGCCAUUCGCGUCCGGAGUUAUCUUCGGGUUUCUCCGACAUAGUUGCUUUGUCCACAACUGCACCAGAUCCAGUGAAUUACUCCAGCCGUAUCCUGCCGUGUCAGUGGGUCUUUCGGUCUCAUGGCCUGGUGCCUGUUGGUUGCUUCUGGUCUGUGCGCAACUCCAAAUCCAAGUGGGACCUUUCUUGGAGAGUUCUUUUGUCACGUGACGUGCGUGAAAGUGAUGACGUGUGGGAGAGUAUGAUGAGUCGUUUACCGCGAAAGGAAACCAGCACUUGGUUGCGCUUCACACCUCUCCAUUUGGCGGCCCAGAAUGGCCACAAGCAGACCGCGCGUAUCCUCCUCUACUUCGGCGCCGAUGUGAAUGCCAGAAACAAGUACGGAGACACUCCGCUGCAUACUGCCACCCGGUACGGUCACAUCGGCAUUGUUCGAAUCCUUCUGAACGUGAGGGCGGACGUUACAGCCACCAACGCCAACUACGACACCCCGUUACACAUUGCGGCCGCUUUGGGACGCAGCACGAUUGUUCGUCUGCUGAUCGAGGCCCAGUCCACGUCGAGGGCUGAUGCCGACUGGAAGAGUCUGGGUAGUCGCAUACUGUCCUGUGUCUUUGGUUCA